AUGUUGGAGGUGGCGAAGCAGGCGAUGGAGCAGGCGAAGCGCCGGAAGGACCUUGUUAAGGCAAUGUCCGCCUGCAAUGCAGGGCCGAAGACGAUUGAGGAAGAUGACAGCAAGCGCAGUCGUGCUUCCCGGACGCCCUCAACCAUUGCGUCCACUCCAUCUACUAAGACCCCGGACCCAAAGGCCAUGAAGAAGGUCGCCCCGACACCGACCAAGCUCUCCUUCCAAGGAUCCGACGAUGGCCUUGGAGAUGUGGCGCGGUCGUCAAGUGCCAACUCCCUGGAUUCAGACACCACUGAAUUCCAGACCCCGGGUGAUGUUCGAAAGGCCCGUGCGAUCCACAACCAGUUCUGCGACGAAACGCAGAUGGAGGUGGAUGACGACCUCAUGGAGCUUUCGACGCAGAUUACAAAGGAUCUAAGUGCUUUGAGCUUGCAAUUGGAGCAGGAUGAAGAGAUGAAGCCAAAAGAGAUGCAAGCGAGUGUCCCGCCACCCAGUGCCGAUCCGAGUGGCCCGGAAAAGAUCCAAGCGAGUGUCCCACCGCCCAGCGAUCCGAGUGGCCCGGAAAAGAUCCAAGCGAGUGUCCUGCCGCCCGGUGCCGAUCCGAGUGGCCUGGAAAAGAUCCAAGCGAGUGUCCCGCCACCCACUGCCGAUGCGAGUGGCCCGGAAAAGAUCCAAGCGAGUGUCCCACCGCCCAGUGCCGAUGCGAGUGGCCCAGAAAAGAUCCAAGCGAGUGUCCCGCCGCCCAGUGCCGAUGCGAGUGGCCUAGAAAAGAUCCAAGCGAGUGUCCCGCCGCCCAGUGCCGAUGCCGAUGUGGAGAUGCGCAGUGUCGAUCUGGCUGACCUAGCCCGAAGGUUCCUAGCUCAGUAUCAAGCCCUUCUGAGACCUGGAACUGUGGACAUGGAGUUGCUAGCAGCAGCGAUUCAGAUUGUCAAGGGGGGGUCCGACGUGCCAGAGCAGACAGGAGAUAUCUCUGCAAUCAAUGCUUUGGAGCAGGCCCUCAAAAGCAAGAUGCCCAGAGCAA